UCUGUUUGGUCUCCUCACUGACAACAUCACUUACCAGACGACUGCCUCACCGUGCCCACAAGCAACAUUAACACGACAGAGAUACACUUGCCAAACGAAAAUAAGUGUGCAGUAUUAUGUAAUUAAUAAAUGAUCAUUUGAUCAUCUAUAGAAUGGUAAAAUAACAUCAUUCUUGCCUUAAACAUUCGUCGCUGGUCGAAUAUUGCCACGGGCUCUUAUUCUUCACGAUCUCUAUUUCUUGGUUUACAAGAAGAAGCACAACCGUGGCACAUUAUAGACAUUCUUUAUCUCGACGCCAUCUUAAAUCCUACCAGCCAUGGAAACUCAACGUGGGAUCUCAUUGGAUUCCAUCGAAGGAAGUUUCAACCUAACGGAGCAUUUGGAAGAUGAGGCCCCUUUUAACGCACUUUGGAAUAUCGGAGAUACACUACCUGAUGCCAAUUCUGCUUCGCCCUAUGAGCUUGUACAACAUCCCAGUAGCAAAAAGAAGGUUCUUCAAUACAACACUAAUACACAACGAGUGGAAGUGGUUCGCAAUCAGAUCGUACUUCUCAGACGAAACAGUCCAUCUGUGACCACGAAUGAUACCCUAACGAUAUCCUUGCGGCACUCCGAUUUACAGUACACAAGAAUUCCUAUCACGGCGUGUGAAAAACAUAGGAAUCCUAAACACGAUCAUUGUCCUUUCGAAGUUGUGGAUUGUGCUAUAGACCCUUGUUACAGGAAAGAUGAAUCGGGUCACUAUUCGGUGGAGAUCCUCAAUAUGAAUGCUGUCCACGAGAUUCAAAUCCGAUUUUUAUGUUUCAGUUCGGAACCGCACAAUUCGGGCAAUAAAGAGAUGGCGAGGAAUUGGAUGCUCCAGUUGGAAGGCACGUUGAUGAUGACGAUUGGAAGAUUUCCACCUUUGCAGCUUCAAGUUGUCGUUUGCUUACGGGAUACAAACCGUUUGCGGAAAAGCAGGAAUGAUUCGAAUUUGAGAGCCAAUGAAAGCGCAUACUUGAGAUCAAGUUCAGGGUCCUCGGGAUCUGGAUUUGAAAACGCCAAACGGAAGCGAUCGCACCCAAAUGAAGACGGCGAUUGUGAGAGAGAAACCUUGGAGGAUCAAUACUUGAGCCUAAAGAUGGAACAAAUUAAAGCCGAUUUGCCCUCACUGCCCACUGCCGUGCUCCAAUGGAAGGUGUCUAAAUUGAAGAUGUCUCGGGGAACAUUAUCAUCCAAUAUGGAAGAGGACUCGAGCUUAUUAUGACUAUAUACUGAAAUAACUGAAGAUCGAUACUUUAAACUUUUAUUAACAUGAAUUAGAAACGCAAUUAGA